CAGUUAUUCUGCUGAUCGGCGGCGGAGAGGGAUCAGGGUCUGCGGACGUUUCCUGUAUGGAGGCAACAGGAAGUAGAAAUGAAAGCCUUCCUGUACAGGGUGGAGGAAAAACAUGGCCGCCUCCACUUACAGCCUCAACAAACUCCACCCGGACAGAGGCUCCGCCCUCUCGUAAGGCUCCACCACUCCAUCCCGCUCUACCUGAUGCCCCGCCC